CGUCAUCACGUUCAUAUCACUUGGCCACGUCUCAGUGGUGACCAAACACCGAUUCGGAGAGAUCAAUGUUCUCUGUAUUCGUCAACAUUUUUUACACAACAUUUAUAAUUUAUUGACUUUUCGUUUCAAUGUUGAAUGUACCUAUCAUUUAAAUCUGGUGAUUUCUGGUCGACUGGUCGGGUCUUACCUUAGAAGAGCUGUAGUCUGUGCGUGUCUACUUAAUUAUUUUAUGUCAUUAAUAUCACUCGACCGUCGAUUGCAAAUUAGGAUCGUGUCCGUCGUAACAUAUUUUGUGUGUGUAUGUUUUAUGCGAAUGUGAAAAAUGUUUAAUCAGUAAUAUUUUCGUUUUACAGUUGGAAGGGGGGACGUCAGUAGUUGAGUAGAGUAAUAUAAUUUUAUUAAAGUAAUUUACACUACAUACAAAACGUGUGCCCACUACCAUCUUUGCAAAAUAUUUCAACUACUAUUCAAUUUAUUUAAGCAGACGGUUCGAGUAUUCAGAGGGGGAAGCACGCGUCGUCGAUGGUUUAAUAAUAAUAAUAUUGUUUUUCUUAUUGUGUUGCCUCGUUUAGCCAAACGAAAACUAAAAAAAAUACCAACAAUAGAGCAAUUAUUGUCUUCCGCCCGAUCAAUUAGCACAACAUUUGAAUAAUAAUUUGUUAAUUUGCAACGCUCUGUCAAGGCUUUUUUUCUAUUAUUUUAAUAAGGUUUUUAAACGUUUUGUAAAAAUACACUAUUCUAAUUUCACUAAUAUCAAUGGCAGCUAUCUACUGAUAAUUACGAUUUUAAUAGUAAAAUCUUCCCUUAAGGUUAAGUAAUUUAGUCAAAAUCGUGAAUAUGUCUUUAAACGGCAAAGAAGUUUCAUUCACAUCAUCGGACGCCAGUAAUGAAAAAAUCACUGCUGCAAAAAUGCCCUACAAGAGUUACAGACCUAGGUCUGUGUCUACAUGUUCAACAGAUUCAUGUAGUUCCGCAAGUCUAUCUGAAGAUGAUACUCCAGUUAGGUCUAAAAUACAACAAAAUAGUUCUGGAUUUAGUGAUUUUUGCAUUAAAGAUAUUAGACUUAAAGACUUUGGAAGACGUGAAAUCGAAUUUGCUGAACAAGAAAUGCCUGGUUUAAUGUCUCUAAGGAAACAGGUGAUGGAAAAUAAGCCAUUACGAGGAGCCAAAAUUAUUGGAUGUACACCUAUCACUGCACCAACUGCUGUAUUAAUUGAAACAUUAGGUUCUCUAGGCGCUGAAUUGAGAUGGUGUGCUUGCAAUAUUUAUUCAACACAGAAUGAAGUUGGUGCUGCUUUAGCAGAAGCAGGAUUUCCAAUAUUUGCAUGGCGAGGUGAAUCUGUUGAUGAUUUUUGGUGGUGUAUUGAAAAAUGUUUUGAAGGCAAGAAUUGGAAACCUAACAUGAUUUUAGAUGAUGGUGGAGACGCAACUAAUUUUUGUCAAGCAAAAUAUCCUAGUAUUUUUAAAAAUUUAAUUGGGAUAGUUGAAGAGAGUACAACUGGUAUUCAUCGUUUAUACAAAUUGUUGAAAGCAGAAAAACUUUUAAUGCCAGCUAUUAAUAUCAAUAAUUGUGUGACAAAAACUAAAUUUGAUAACCGUUAUAGUUGUAGGGAAUCUGUAAUUGUAAGCUUAAAAAAAUGUACCGAUUUGAUGUUUGGUGCAAAACAAAUUGUAUUAUGUGGUUAUGGAGAAGUGGGUAAAGGAUGCUGUCAAUCUUUAAAGGGACUUGGUUGUAUAGUUUAUGUCACAGAAAUUGAUCCAAUAUGUGCUUUGCAAGCAUGUAUGGAUGGAUUUAAAGUUGUUAAGCUUAAUGAAGUUAUUCGGCAAGUGGAUAUUGUAAUUACAGCUACUGGUAAUAAAAAUGUAGUUGUUCGAGAGCACAUGGAUAAAAUGAAGUCCGGUUGUAUUGUGUGUUGCAUGAGUUAUUGCCAUAAUGAAAUUGAUGUGGCUGCAUUACGCACACCAGAGCUAAAAUGGGAAAAAGUUCGUUCACAAGUAGAUCACAUUCGUUGGCCUGAUGGAAAAACCAUGAUUUUACUUGCUGGUGGUCAUCAUGUAAAUUAUACGUGUUCUAGCAUUCCAUCAUUUGUCACUUCCAUUACUGGUACAACUCAGAUACUAGCCUUAAUGGAAUUAUUCAAUGCUCCAAUUGGUCGUUACAAGAGUGAUGUUUAUUUAUUGCCAAAAAAAAUGGAUGAGUAUGUAGCAAGUCUUCAUCUGGCUACAUUUGAUGCUCAUCUUACAGAACUUAGUGAUGAACAAGCCAAGUAUAUGGGUUUACCAAAAAAUGGCCCAUUUAAACCAAAUCAUUAUAGAUAUUGAUUUAUACUUCAACAACUCUGGUUUAGAAAAAAAACAAUUUCUUAUUCUCCUUUAUGGAUGAUAUAUUAUUAUUAUUUUUAUUCACUUGCAUAUUAAAAAAGCGUCCUGAGACUAGUUUGGAAGUGAUAAAAACUUUAAAAUUCCAGAAAAAAUAUAUUAAAUUUUACAUAACUUAUAUGUACGAUAUCGUAUAUUUUAUACAUUUGAUAUUAAUAAAUCAAUAAUAUUAUCUAUAUUUUUAUUACACAAUCACCAAAUAAUAGAGAAUGCAUAAUAUAAAAUAUUAGACCAAAUUUGUCAAUUAGAUGUCAAUUAGAAUUUAGUUGUUUGACAUGUGCGCACUGUGCUCAUAUUUCAAAAUAUCAAUAGAAAAAAUUGUCUUAUGGAUCUAACUUCUAAAAAAAUAUCAUUCAUGUGUUCAUUAGGAGCAUACCCUGUUCAACUAAUCAAUUAUGCACCCCUUAAUAAAUUUGGUAUCUAUACAGUUCAAUUUUUACUUUUAUACAUAUAUAUUUUAAUAUGUUGUAUAAUUUGAUCCUUGUGAAACAGGAACCAAUUUUUCUAUUAUUAUUUUCUUCUUUCCAAUUAUUUAUGAAAAAUACAGACUUUUGGUGUUAAUAAACAAUUAUACCGAAUAUUUUUAUAUUUAUUGAAAUUAGAUGUUUUGCUAUCUUAAGUUAAAGUCUAGCUUGUUUAAGAAUAUUCAUAAGAAUAAAAAACACUAGAAUAUUUUAAAGAUAGUAUCAUAAUAAAACUUCAAUUAAUAUAGAUGUUAAAUGUUAACAAUUUUUAUAUAAAAUGUAUUGCAAGUUCAGUAAGCUUAUUUUAUAACUUUAUCUGCCAGAGACUAAAUAUUUCUGAUUGGUGUAUUUAACUUGAGAAAUCCUCAUAAAAAAUCUAUAUUAUAUUAUAAUAAUAAAUACGUAGUAAAGGAAUAAUAAAUUGAAACGAAAAAGUCUGAUAAAAAAAGUUCAAAAAAUAAAGGGAGGAAAAAAUAUAUCCUUUCAUAAUA